UUCCUCCAACAACACAACCACUUUAGAUCCUUUUUGGAAGUAUUUCGUCUGCAUCCCGAAAAAUUUGACAAAGAUCUUGAUGUCGUUUCCAUGUUUUUGGCACAGGUCUGAGAAAGAAAAGUUCGUCGAGUCUCUGGCUUCUGAAAAACAAAAAUUUUUUCCUCGAUAAUUGAGCUUAAAAAACUUGUUUCAAAGACACUAAAAAUGGAGAAGUGCGUGAAAUCCCUGAGAAAAAAGAUCGUCUCAAGGGACGAUAUUAUAAGACGUUUUUAUUCCCUAAUUGCUCCCAAGGAGCCGCUGCCCGAUUGCAUUUUCGCCUACGGUCACAUAGCAACCGGAAAAUCCCUCAUCAUCGAGAGCAUCAUAAACCAUUUAAAAUACAAAAUCUCCAUCAUUAAUUGCGUCGAUCAUCCAACAAAUAAACACAUGUUUGAGGAUGUUCUGAUGGAUCUCACCAAAAGUUCCUUGACUUCUGAGGAAAAUUUCAGGUCGCCUUUCAAGUGCGACUCUAUCAUGGAUUUUGUCUCUCAUCUGCGAUCAAUUUCCUCUGAAAUUCCAAUGAUCAUCAUCUUUGAAAAGUGCGAACAACUUCGUGACAAGCCAAAUCUUCUCCUUGCACUUUUGCGCCUCAAAGAAUUGUCCGGAGCCAACAUUUGUCCAAUUUUCGUGACCGAUUUAAUCUGGGAGAAAUUUUACUCAAUUACCCGUGUUAAGCUGCCAAUUAAAUUCCAUUUUCCACAGUACUCGCAAACUGAAACUGCCGAGAUUUUGUUGUCCUACAAAUCGGCCGGAUACGAGGAUAAUUUCUACAAGAAUUACCUGAAUUUAUUUCUCUCGGUUUUCUAUCGAUUUUGCAGAGAUUUGAACGAACUUCGGUAUAUGGCGUCGAUUAAUUUCGAGAAAUACGUGGAACCAAUUGAAUCUGGAAAGUGUGCAAGAAGUGAUAAUCGAACUCUCUGGUUGAAUAUCGCGAAUGUUUUUCAGAAGAAUUUGGAGGUGAUUUAUCUGCGUGUUUCUACCGAGGAUUUUGUGCAAGGCGCUGAACUCUCGCGAGAGAUUGGAUCAAUUACAAAAUUGGCGCUGAGCUUUGAACUGCCGGUUUACGCAAAGUAUAUUUUGAUCGCUUCUUUUCUGGCUUCGUAUAAUCCGGUCAAGGAGGAUAAAUAUCUGUUUAUGAAAAGAGCGAUCAAGCGGAAGAAGAGAGCGACUCUGAGUAAGAAGAAACAGGUGGCGAAUACGCAAACGGGUCCGAAAGCUUUUCCACUUCAGAGAAUGAUUAUGAUUUUCUGUAGUAUUGUGGAGGACCAGGUCGAUAUGAAUACCAAAGUUCUGGCUCAGAUUCCAACAAUGUGUCAACUUGGAUUGCUCGCCAGUGUCGGGGAUUCUAAUAUUGAUGAACCCAAGUAUAAGUGCUGCGUUAGCUAUGAUUUUGUGGUCGUUAUUUCGAAAACGCUUGAUUUUAACGUGAAAAAUUACCUUUAUGAUUUUAUACAUCCGUAGAAAUGGUUUCUAGUUUAUAAGUUCCGAGUGACAAUCGAGUGAUUGUGUCGAAUAUUUAAUUAAUUUAUUUUAGUCGCAAUAUUUUCUACUUUUUGUACUACUUUUCAAGAAAAUAAAGACAGAGGAUUU